CACCUCUGGCUUGCCUUUUGCAUACCUACAUAUUAUUCAAAUGUUACAUUGAAUGAGAAUAACAUUUAAAGAUCAAGUUUUUUUUACAUAGUUUCCGUAUAACAGAGCAGUAAAAGUAAAACAUCUACCCCUACUACUUGUCAGUUGAGCUGCCAGGUUGAUACCCAGACUGUCACUCCAAUCAGCGCAGAGAUGGCGUUCGGCAGUAGAUGCACUACUUUAAGAAAAGAGGAUGUAAACUACAAACAUUUCCGAAUGAUUAACGAACAGCAAGUUGAGGAUAUUAGUAUUGAGUUUUUCUACAAACCGCACACCAUAACUCUGCUUACUUUUACUAUCGUUAGUCUUAUGUACUUUGCAUUUACCAGGGAAGACUCCAGUCCAGAAGAUAAUAUUUGGAAAGGUAUCCUUUCUGUAGUUUUCUUUUUCCUAAUCAUCAGUGUUCUGGCAUUUCCUAAUGGACCAUUCACACGGCCACACCCUGCAUUAUGGCGUAUGGUUUUUGGUCUUAGUGUGCUGUACUUCCUCUUUCUGGUUUUUGUACUGUUCUUGAACUUUGAACAAGUCAAAGCUGUGAUGUACUGGUUGGAUCCAAAUCUCCGAUAUGCAAAGCGAGAAGCAGAUGUCAUGGAGUAUGCUAUUAACUGUCAUGUCAUCACAUGGGAGAGGAUUCUCAGCCACUUGGACAUCUUUGCUUUUGGACAUUUCUGGGGCUGGGCCAUGAAGGCCUUGUUAAUCCGCAGCUACGGUCUUUGCUGGACAAUCAGCAUCACAUGGGAAUUGACUGAGUUGUUCUUUAUGCAUUUGCUGCCUAACUUUGCUGAGUGUUGGUGGGAUCAAGUUAUUCUGGACAUCUUGCUCUGCAAUGGUGGUGGCAUCUGGCUAGGAAUGGUGGCCUGUCGCUUCUUGGAGAUGAGAACUUACCACUGGGCAGGCUUCAAGGAUAUUCACAGUACCACAGGAAAGAUUAAAAGAGCCGUAUUGCAGUUCACUCCUGCUAGCUGGAUGUACGUUCGCUGGUUCGACCCUAAGUCGUCAUUCCAGAGAGUAGCGGGAAUCUACCUCUUCAUGAUAAUUUGGCAGUUGAGUGAGCUGAAUACAUUUUUCUUGAAACAUAUCUUUGUAUUCCAAGCAAGUCAUCCUCUGAGCUGGCUCCGAAUCCUUUUCAUUGGUGUGAUCACUGCACCCACUGUAAGACAAUAUUAUGCAUAUCUCACAGACACACAGUGUAAAAGGGUCGGAACCCAGUGCUGGGUUUUUGGUGCCAUAGCUUUCCUUGAGGCUAUCGUAUGCAUAAAGUUUGGACAAGACCUCUUCUCCAAAACACAAAUCUUGUAUGUUAUUUUGUGGCUGCUGUGUGUGGCUUUUAUCACCUUUCUCUGCUUGUAUGGCAUGGUUUGGUAUGCAGAAAAGUAUGAACAUCGGGAAAAGACAUUUUCUGAAUGUGACGAUAAUUCCAGCAAUGAGUUUAGCACAGAAAUCGAGAAGAAAAGUCAUGUUUCCCCUAUAGGUGAUGCUGAGAGUAGCGUGUCCAAAAGAAAGAAAGGCUCUUCAAAAUCAAGAGUGACCAAUGGCUUUGGUAACAAGAAGUAAGACAGCAGUCUGCAGUGACUGUCUGGGCAGUACCUACAGUUUUAACGCUGAGACAGAUUAUGUAUAAUCAUCUGUAUCCACUGGGCCAGAAAAGGACAGAUAUAAGCAGCAAAGUAAUUUUCAUCUGCCACAGGCCAGUUUUGUAAAUGGUGGAACUCUGUCAGUAUUUUUCAGGUCAUUGCCUGCUGUGAUUCGCCCUUCAGUGGCUCAUAGUAACAUCGACCCCCAAAAGCCUACUAAUUCUGACUACAGAAGUCAGAAGUGGCCAUAUUGUGGCAAAGUGCAGUUGCCAAAUAAUACAGCGGUUCACCUUUAAGCUGUAUCUUAUUUUUUUUUUCUUUUUUCUUAACCUUUAAAUUUAUGAGUUUGAUCACAUUAAUCAAAGGGGUAAUACAUCAGCAGUAACCUCUUUUAAUGAAGUAUGUGGUUUGCACAUUGAACUGUAAGCAGUUCCAUUAAUUUCUUCCAUUCUGGGUUGUAUAUAAGGUUCAAUCUCCAUAUAUUGUCAAUUUCACUAGUAAGUGCUAAUUUGUGUCUUAAACCUAAUCUGAUGUUCUUAUGAGUGACUUGUACUGCAUCUGAUGUGUGGCAUAUUAGGUCUUUUCUUUUGAAGUGUAUUGUUCUGUUUUUCAGUUAUCUGAACUGUGGUCUAUUAGAUUUGACAUUUCUGAAUCUUCUGUUCUAAAUUAAGUCUGUAGAGUUUCACAAUUUAUGUCUUUUUUCUUUGUUGUCAGUUAUUGGUGGAGCACAAUACAGUGAUAGCGUCAGGUAUCAGAUUCCGCUCUGUCUUCCAUUUAAGGUACCAUUAACUCUGACUCCUUCUGUAUGAAAGAUUAAAAUGCAAUCACUCCCAAAACAACUCCCCAGUCAGAACCGAUUGAAGAACAAAGGCCGUGAAACUUAUGUGUAAAGAUUAAAACAGAUGUUUUCAAAUGUUUUAGCAGGGGGUAACCCCCUGCACCCCCAAUUUAUAUAAAACAUUGCAUGGUUACACAACUGUGGGAGAGAGAGAACCCCCCCAAAAAAAAAAAUAGUACGAAGUCUGUCAUAAACAGUGAGCUACCUCUGCCUCCUGACCAGUGAUACGUCUUACAGUUAGAAAUAAAUUUGACCAUUUGUGAUCGGGCAGUUAAAACCUGCUCAGCUGGUCCUUGUAGAUAAUGUAGAAUAACCUAAUUGAUCACGUAUCUUUUUUCUUUUGUUUAUGGCCAGCAUACAGUGUUAUGUCCUCUUUCAGAAAGUGUCUCUGUUGUGUUUGAGGAUCACAUAGUCAUUAAGGGCCUUACCAUUUUUAUUGUUAGUCUGCAAGUUAGUCUGUCCAGUAGAGAAGCUGUUUUCCGUAGGCUUGGUUUUAAAAGAGGGUGGCAUAGCAUUUGUCUUAUUCCUGCCUUAGCUUUGCCUGUGUUGCAUAGAUUCAGCUGUUGUUUGGCAACGGUUCCCAGUGGAAUCUUCUGAGCAUCUCCUACUCUGCAGUCACUUCAGUGGCAUUUGUUUUCACUAAUAACAUCACUGUCAGUGUGUAGAAAUAGCAACACCACACCUGGGAAUACAGGUUGCCAAGGCACUAGGAACUUGAUGGUUUACUGUAGGUAAUAUUUGGUGUUAGUUUUUGUGUGACCUACUGCCCACUGGUUAAUAUGCACUUUGUUUAAAAGUUUCUUUGCACUUAGUUUAAAAGUUUCUUCAUAGCUUCGGGCAGAUGUUGGGAACUUUCGACGUGUAGGAUUAGUCAAACUUUCCAAUUAUUUCCACUUUCAUAGAAUUUACUGACUCAGGAGAAGGGCAUCGUUGCUGUCCUCAUCCUGAAUUGUUAGUUAUCUUAUGUCUGCAUCCUAAACAGAUUGCUACAUCCGGGUAUAGAAUGUUCAGUUAGGGCUUCCAGGUUUGUUCUAGUUUACCUGAAAAACAAAGUAAAUCACUUGUUUGGCACAGAAGAGGUUUGCUGUUAGGGCUGCAGAACAAAGACUUUCCACAUUCUGUAGAAAAGUGGACUUCAUCCUAGGCUUACCUGCCUUCAGUGAUAUUCUACCAAAUCAUCUAAAUGAAAUGCGUAUGGCUUCACUUGGCCAACACCCCAAGGAGCAGUUUUGUUUGAAACCACUCACAAGUUCUGCACUUCAAAUGUGAUAUUUAAUUUUUUUUUUUUUCAAUAAUCAUUUUUAUUGUUUUGCAAAACCAUUAUACA